CGCGCGCGGGCGGGGCGCUUUACGCGGAAGCCGGUGGCGUCCGGUCCCAACCUCCUCCGGGAGCGGGCAGUCGGUGGUCCGCCCCUGGCUUACGCCGCUCAAUUUUGAGCCUACGCGCUCUUAGGGGGUGCCCGGACAGAUUGAAGCCAUGGCCAUUCUUUUUGCAGUCGUCGCCAGGGGAACGACUAUCCUUGCCAAACAUGCUUGGUGUGGAGGAAACUUCCUGGAGGUGACAGAGCAGAUUCUGGCUAAGAUACCUUCUGAAAAUAACAAACUAACGUACUCACAUGGCAAUUAUUUGUUUCAUUACAUCUGCCAAGACAGGAUUGUAUAUCUUUGUAUCACUGAUGAUGAUUUUGAACGUUCUCGAGCAUUUAAUUUUCUGAAUGAGAUAAAGAAGAGGUUCCAGACUACAUAUGGUUCAAGAGCACAGACAGCACUCCCAUAUGCCAUGAAUAGCGAGUUCUCAAGUGUCUUGGCUGCACAGUUGAAGCAUCACUCUGAGAAUAAGGGCAUAGACAAAGUGGUGGAGACUCAAGCCCAAGUGGAUGAACUGAAAGGAAUCAUGGUCAGAAACAUAGAUCUGGUAGCUCAGCGAGGAGAAAGAUUGGAAUUAUUGAUAGAUAAAACAGAAAAUCUUGUGGAUUCGUCUGUCACCUUCAAAACAACCAGCAGAAAUCUUGCACGAGCCAUGUGUAUGAAGAAUCUCAAACUCACUAUCAUCAUCAUCAUCGUUUCAGUCGUGUUCAUCUAUAUCAUUGUGUCACCUCUCUGUGGUGGAUUUACAUGGCCAAGCUGUGUGAAGAAAUAAAAAAAAAAAAGUUGUCAUUAACCAAGGAUACGAGACAACAAGGAGUUAAAAGCAAUCCAUGUGACUUAAGCCUUUGAAUACUGACAGAUGGUGUCUGCCAGUAUCUUCAGCUGUCUUCUGUUUCUUUUUUGUUUUUAAAUCUUGUUGUAUGUGUCCAGAUUUAUCUUUGUCUAGUUUAUUCUAGUGUACUUCAGAUUUAACCAUUUAUUGCAGCAGUACCUUUAAAAAGGCUUUUGUUUCUUUAGUUUGUUAAUUAGAGUCAUCUAUUUAGAGAAACAGUUUUAUUUGUAAUUGCACAGAGCUGUCACCAAGGUAGAAAACCAGUCUUGCUAGCUGUCUACUAAGACUUUGGAUGAACUUUGUAUUCCAGACACAGAGAGCAUCGCUAACAUCUCAUCUUUUGCUAUUGAAGAGUUUUAGGUGCUUGAAAACAAUUUAAAUGGAAAAUCGUUAUUUGGGGAAUUGUAAAUAAUUUGUUGGUGCUGCUUGUUUCUAGGAGCCCAUGCAGGUAAAGUUUUAAACAUUUUCUGUCAGUCAUAUGGGGAACAUUUUGCUAGCCCAUUAGAAAUAUACAGAAUUAACCUUUUCCUUCUAGUAUUCACUUUCAGGAAGAAACUUUUGACCUUUCACAGACCUUACAGAGCAUGAUAUCCUCUCUUUCCCCCAUUGCACUUGAUUUGAAAAGAUGAUGGCUUAAAUAUUGUUGAAGAUUGUGGGGUUUUUUAUAUUUCUUUCUUUUUUGUGGAUAUUUAGGGCAAUUGUAUAGUUAAUAGAACAGGUAGUGGAUGAGGUGGCGAGGCAAAUUCUUCUGGCUCACCAGAGAAAAAUAAGACAACCAUGGUGAUAUACUAGUGUUCAGGUGUAUGAGGGAGAGGUAGUAUG